UUUCUACUUGUAUGAUAUUUCCUACAAGCACCUCUUGUUUACCAGUCAGACAUGUACAAGCAAACAUUUCGCCGCCUUGUGAACAAAUCUCGUCUUAUCAAAGUAGCAUCGAUCACGGCCGCUUUUUGCUUCCUAAUGGGCUUGUAUGAAACGAUUAUGUAUUCAGAGAACGCUUUGAGAUCAAGCCUUGAAUUCAUAACCAAGCCAUUGUUUUUUGAGAAGGGAAACUCGUUCCAUUGGAGCAGACACUUCAUCAACACAAAACAAAGAACCCCCAGUGGGGGUCACGUUCCUAUGGCAACACUCCAAAAGGUAUAUCGCCAUAUACCGGACACCGGUAUUUCCAGAGCAGAGAACAAAAGUCUUGCUGUGCUUUUAGGAAGAGGUGUCAUUGAGCCGGCGACUGAUCUUGUGACUACUGACACGAAGGUUAUUCUCUGGUAUAGUCCGACGAGAUAUCACCCAGUAAUGUCGAGACUGCAUCCCUUACGUGGAUGUCCGGAGUCCAGAUGUCGAGUUACGACAAACAGAGCCUUUUAUAACCAGAGUGACGCUCUUAUAUUUACAGCACAGCUCUUGGAUAAAAUCCCUCCAGAGAAACUUAAAAAUCAAGUGUGGGUGUUACACAAUCACGAGUCUCCACAAUGGUCGAAGGAGACGAUGCAUUUUCACAGCGAACACUGGCGUUCAAAGUUCAACUGGACGAUGGACUACAGGACCGACUCCGACAUCAGGACGCCAUACGCCAUCUUCCAAAUGAAAAACGGAAUAUUUCUCAAACGGGAACGGCGACCAUCAAGAAACUACUCACAGAUCUGGUCACGGAAGGAAGGAGCUGUUGUUUGGGUGGUCAGCAGCUGCCGGACCAUGAGUAGAAGAAUGAAAUAUGUUCGGGAAAUGAGUAAAUACAUCCAAAUUGAUAUAUACGGACACUGUGGUAAUAAACAAUGUUCAAGGUCGAAGGAUGAGUCGUGUCUGAAUAUUCUCUCUAAAAAAUAUAAAUUCUACCUCGCCUUUGAAAAUGCGUUUUGCAAAGACUACAUAACAGAGAAGUUUUUCCGUUAUUUUAACUCUGACAUGAUCAUUGUGACCAGAGGUGGGGGCAACUACAGUGACGUUGCUCCUCCAGGAACCUUCAUUGAUGCAGCUGACUUUGUGUCUCCACAACGCCUUGCCCAGUAUUUGAACGAGCUGGCUGACAAUGAAAGAGACUAUGUCGACAUUCUACGCCGAAAGGACCAGUAUGAGCCCAUUGCAGAGGAAUAUCCUAUAGUCAGAAAUGGAAACAUUGUAUACAUGACCUACCACUACGAUGCAGUGCCUAUGUGUGACAUGUGUGAAAGACUGUGGCAUGUUGAGAAGUACAAGACUUUCUACACGGACAUAGGGAAGUGGUUCGAUAAAGGGCUUUGUUUUCCCCCUAAGGAUUUAUCUUCAUAAAUAACGCAGUCGAAAGGAGUAGGGUUUGUAUGGUGUGUCAGGAAACAAAGAAACACAUAAAUAUCUUUGUGACGAACACCGGGUGUAAAUGUGUGCGUAUGGGUCCUUCUUGCAGGGGAGGGUGUGCUUACCCUUUUCUCGAACACUGUUUCGGGGGAUGAUCGAUGUUCUCUGGUGUCAACUUAAUAUAUUCCCUGUGUCUUACUGUCGACUGAACGUUAUAAUCAUUGAGGGAUGGAAUGGCUGGAUGUAAUAUGUAGCCUUGAUUCAUUUUGUCAUGUAAAACAUCACGAGUGAAUGGUCAUUAAACUAAAAGUGACAAUCAACUUUCAAAAUGUUAAAGAA